UGCACACACGCGCACACACACACACACGCAGGGGUCGGAGACUGGAGAGUAGAGACCUGGGACAGGACGCAGUGAAAGCCAAGGAACUUACGACCGAGCCUACUCCUCGUCUCACCGGCAGGACAUCUUGAACCAACGCGCAACCGAACCUCAGUGUGUGGGACAUUGUGGCUCCUGCAGAGAUGAUUCCCCGGGCGCUGGUCCUGCUGUGCCUCGGGACGGUGGUCCGCUCCCAGUCCGUCUCCAAGUCCGUCUCACAAGAGGGCUGCAUGGAGGACGGCGUGAUGUACCAGGUGGACGAGCAGUGGGAGCGGCGGUUCCGGGACAGCACCCUGCUGUGUACCUGCCACGGCACGGCCGGCAUCAAGUGCAACAGCAAGCCUGAAGAGGAGGAGACGUGCUAUGACAAGAUCAAUGAGAGGACCUACAUGGUGGGGGAGACCUACGAGCGGCCCAAGGAGGGCAUGAUCUGGGACUGCACCUGCAUCGGCUCCGGCAGGGGCAAGAUCAGCUGCACCAUCGCAAAUCGGUGUCAUGAGGGCGGCGCCUCCUACAAGAUCGGGGACACCUGGAGGAGACCCCAUGAGACGGGGGGCUUCAUGCUGGAGUGUGUGUGUCUGGGCAACGGCAAGGGGGAAUGGACCUGCAAACCCAUCGCUGAGCGUUGCUACGACAACAGCGCGGAGCUGUCCUAUGUGGUGGGGGAGACGUGGGAGAAGGCAUACCAGGGCUGGAUGAUGGUUGACUGCACCUGUCUGGGGGAAGGCAGUGGGAGGAUCACCUGCACCUCUAGGAACCGCUGCAACGACCAGGACACCUACACGUCGUACCGCAUCGGAGACACCUGGACCAAGACGGACAGCCACGGCAGCGUGCUGCAGUGUCUGUGCACGGGCAACGGCCGUGGGGAGUGGAAGUGCGAGAGGCACGCCUCCCUGCACACCUCUGGGCUGGGGUCUGGCUCCCGGGUGGUCACCAACAUUCAGCCCGCAGCCCAUCGUGAAGGUGUGGUGGACUUCCCCCCCGAGGUGACCUGUUCCACGGAGUCGGGGCUGAACUACGUCCAGGGCCAGAGCUGGCUGAGGAACCAGGGCGACAAGGAGAUGCUGUGUAACUGUGUGGGCAACGGCAUCAGCUGUCAGGAGUGGGAGGGCCCCGCUCCAGUGUACGGGGGUAACUCCGGGGGCCAGCCCUGCGUGUUCCCCUUUGUCUACAAGGGGAAGACUUUCCACUCAUGCAUCUCGGAGGGCCGUGAGGACGGGCAGCUGUGGUGCUCCACCUCCUCUGACUACGACGCCGAGGAAAAGUACUCCUUCUGUACCGAGAAGAACGUGAUGGUGGCCACGCGGGGCGGGAACUCCAACGGGGCGCUGUGCCAGUUCCCCUUCCACUACCUCAACAAGAACUACACCGACUGCACCUCGGACGGCCGACGCGACGGCAUGAAGUGGUGCGGCACCACCACCAACUACGACGAGGAACGCCGCUUCGGCUUCUGUCCCAUGGCUGCCCAUGAGGAGGUGUGCACCACCAACGAGGGGGUGAUGUACCGCGUCGGCGACCAGUGGGACAAGCGCCACGACGUGCUGGGUCACAUGAUGCGCUGCACCUGCGUGGGCAAUGGACGAGGAGAGUGGAGCUGCGUGGCCUACUCCCAGCUCAAAGACCAGUGCAUCGUGGAUGGCCUGACCUAUGAGGUGAACCAGACCUUCACAAAGGAGCACGAGGAGGGCUACAUGAUGAACUGCACCUGCUACGGACAAGGCCGCGGCCGCUGGAAGUGCGACGCCAUCGACCAGUGCCAGGAGCCCGAGACCAGAGCCUUCUUUCAGAUCGGAGAGUCCUGGGACAAGACCAUCCAUGGAGUGAUGUACAAGUGCUACUGCCACGGCCGCGGCAUCGGGGAGCUCAGCUGUGAGCCCCAGCAGACCUUUCCUGGUGGACAGCGGCCUGUCCAGGUGAUAAUUACGGAGAGUGGAAACCAGCCCGACUCCCACCCCAUCCAGUGGAACGCCCCCUCCUCGGCCCACAUCACCCAGUACAUCCUCAAGUGGAGACAGAAGGACACAGCCAACCCCUGGAGAGAGGUGCUGAUCCCGGGACACCUCAACACCUACACCAUCUCGGCCCUGAAGCCCGGCAUCACAUACGAGGGUCAGCUGAUCAGUGUCCUCCGCUUUGGCCGCCGCGAGAUCACACGCUUCGACUUCACCACCAACUACGGCUCAUUGGCCACAUCGGAGGGCGACACCGUGCAGCCCCCCCCAGAGGUGGACACCUCUGAGUCGGUGACGGAGAUCACCUCCAGCAGCUUUGUCAUCUCCUGGGUGUCGGCCUCGGACACAGUCUCCGGCUUCAGGGUGGAGUACGAGCUGACGGAGGAGGGCCAGACAACGGGACAGACCAGCGUCCUGGAGCUCCCUCGCACCACCACCUCGGUGAACAUCAAUGACCUGCUGCCCGGCAGGAAGUACAGGGUUAACGUCUACGAGGUGACAGACACUGGAUACGACAACCUCAUCCUCACUACCUCCCAGACCACCGCUCCUGACGCUCCGGUCGACCACGAGGUGGAGGAGGUGCAGGAGACGUCCAUCGUCAUCACCUGGGACAAGCCUCUCGCUCCAAUCACAGGCUACCGCGUGGUUUACACACCGUCGGAGGAGGGGGAGGGGGACAGCACAGAGCUCGUCCUCCCCAACACGGCCACAGCGGUGACCCUGAGCGACCUCAGACCCGGGCUGCAGUACAACAUCAGCAUUUACGCCGUGGAGGACACCCUGGAGAGCCAGCCCAUCUUUGUGCAGGUCAACACCGCCGGAGACCCCCUACCAGUGGAGGAGGUGGCCACGCCCACAGAGCUCCAGUUCGUCGAGGUGUCCGCCAAUCAGAUCGUUCUGACCUGGUCCGGCCCCCUCGGCGCCGUCUCGGAGUACCGGAUCAACGUGGCCCCUGUGGACGAGCCCGGGAAACCCCAGAGAGAGCUGACGGUCCCUGCCAUCCAGAGCGCCUACGUGGUCAAAGAGCUGCACCCCGGCACCGUGUACCGCUUCAGCAUCUACGCCCUGUUCAACGGGCGGGAGAGCGCACCCCUGGUCAGGGAGCAGGCUACAAAGCCCGACGCUCCGUCUCAGGUCCACUUCAUGAACGUGACGGACGCCAGCGUCAUCGUGUCGUGGUUCGCGCCCCUGGCCCGCAUCACAGGAUACCGCCUGGUGCUGGCCGGGGACGGCUCCGCCCCCAAGCAGCUGCGGCUGCCGGCCCGCCUCACCCAGUACACGCUGCUCAACCUGCGGCCCGAGACGGGCUACACGGUCACGCUGCACGCUGAGCAGGACAGCGCGCUCAGCGAGGGCCACACGGCCCACUUCACCACGGAGUCCGCCAUGGGCAGCGCACCCCACUUCAGCACAGAGGUCACUAGCACCUCCAUCAUCAUCAGCUGGUCUCCUGUCCCCCACGUGGGCUACAAGCUCACGGUGCGCCCCAGCCAGGGCGGGGAGGCCCCCCGGGACGUGACCUCUGAAUCCGGCAGUAUCUUCAUCAAGGGGCUGACCCCGGGGGUGGAGUACACCUACGACAUCAAGCCUGUGGUCAACGGUCGCGAGCAGGGCGCCACCGUCACCAAGCACGUGGUCACACCUCUCUCCCCUCCCACCGACCUGACCCUGAAGAUGAACCCGGAGACGGGCGGGGUCCUCGUAGAGUGGGAUGGAACCAACACACCCGACAUCACUGGAUACCGAGUGACGUGCACACCGGCCAAUGGCAUGCAAGGGAACAGCAUGGAGGAGUUUGUGGAGGCGGGGGAGACCUCGUGCACGCUGGACAACCUGAUCCCGGGCGUGUCGUACAACAUCAGCGUGGUGACGGUGAAGGAUGAUGCCGAGAGCACCCCCCUGUCCACCAUCAUCACCCCUGAGGUCCCUCAGCUGACAGACCUGAGCUAUGAGAACGUGACGGAUACCACCAUCGGCCUGCGCUGGAUGCCCUUCAACUUCACCGUUGUCACGGGUUACCGCAUCACGGUGACGGCGGCGGGCGAGAGCGUGCCCAUCUUCGAGGACUUUGUGCUGCCGUCAUCGGGCUACUACACCGUGAAAGGCCUGGAGCCCGGCAUCGGCUACGACAUCAGCGUCACCACGGUGACGGAGAGCGGCGUGAGCAAGCCCAUCACCAUCACACAGCAGACCGUGUUGCCAGCCCCUACUGGUCUUGGCUUCGGGGAGGUGGGUCCAGACUCCCUGGAGGUCACCUGGGACGGCCCUCAGGUCCCCAACGCCGCUGACAUCAACAUGUACAUCAUCAGGUAUCGUCCCGUGGUUAUGUCUUUUGCUGAUGAAUCCAAAGAAGUCACCUCUGGAGGGUUGACAGAACGCACAGUCCUGCAGAACUUGGUGCCUGACACGGAGUACCUGGUGAGCGUGGUGUAUGUGUACGACCAGAGGGAGAGCUCCCCAGCCACCGCCACUCAGAAAACAGCCAUGGACGCCCCCUCAGGCCUGGAGUUCGCUGACGUCCUGACCAACUCCUUCGCCGUCCACUGGGUGGCGCCUCGCGGGCCCAUCAGCGGCUACCGCAUCCGCUACCAGAUGGCCAGCGGCGGGCGGGCCAAGGAGGAGCGCCUGCCCCCCUCCAGGACCCACUUCACUCUGACUGGCCUGCACCCCGAGACCGAGUACCUGGUCCACAUCUACGCCGUCAGCGGCCGCAAGGAGAGCCCCCCGCUCUCCGGCCGGCAGAAGACCAUCUCUGACGCACCCACAGACCUGAAUGUGGUGGAGACGUCCCCCACCAGCAUCACUCUCCGCUGGGACGCCCCGGCUGUUACGGUGCGCUACUACCGGAUCACCCAUGGAGAGACCGGUGGGCGAGGUAACAUCAGAGAGUUCACGGUGCCGGGGACCCAGUCCACGGCCCAGGUGACCAACCUGAAGCCGGCCACCGAAUACACCAUCACCGUGUACGCUGUGACCGCCCGGGGGGACAGCCCCGCCUCCAGCACCCCCAUCUACAUCACACACCGCACCGACGGCAACUAUGUGGACUCCCCGUCAGAGAUGGAGGUGAUGGAUGUGAAGGACAGCAGCAUCACGGUGCGGUGGAGCCCGGCCAAGGGUCCCAUCAUGGGCUACAGGGUCACCGGGACCCCCAAGAGCGGCCUUGGACCCAUCUUCUCCGAGGUGGUGGCUCCAGACCAGACAGAGAUCACCUUCUCCGGGAUGAUGCCCACCCAGGAGUACGUCCUCAGCGUGUUCGCCCUUGGCCAGGACGGAGAGAGCACCCCUGUUGUGGAGUCCGCCAGGACAAAUGUGGACAGCCCCAAGGACCUGGCCUUCUCGGACGUGGCCUCCGGCUCUCUGCAUAUCAGCUGGGCCGCCCCCGAGGGCGCGGUCACCUCGUACCGCGUGCUGUACGACAGCCCGGAGGAGGGCGAGCGCGAGCUGCUCCCCGCGCCCACCGGGAAGGCCGACUCGGCGCUCAUCCAGGGCCUGCGACCCGGGAGUGAAUACACAGUGAAGGUCAUCGCCCUGCAUGACGACGCGGCCAGCACGCCGCUGGUGGGAACGCAGUUCACCGCCGUGGAGGGCGUCCCGGCCCCCACCAACAUCCUGUUCUCCGGGGUCAGCUCCACCUCCUUCCGGAUGAGCUGGGCAGCGCCGCUGCAGACCAACCAGCUGACGGGGCGGCCCGGCCUGUCCGGCUACCGCGUCCUGGUCCAGCCCAAGGGGAAGAGUGGCCCCAACGUGGUGCUGAACCUGGCCCCCGACACCACCCAGGCCGUGGUCCCGGGACUCAUGCUUGCUACGACCUAUGUGGUGGAACUGUAUGCCCUGAAGGACACUGCCAAGAGCAGCCCCGCCCGGGCUGAGGUCACCACCAUGGACAACAUCACCCCCCCGCGCCGUGUACGCCUCUUAGACGUCCGGGACUCCAGCAUUAUGCUGAGCUGGCGUUCCAAGACGGACCCCAUCUCUGGCUUCAUGGUGGAGGCCACGCCCAUUACCUCUCCUGAACACACCACCAUCCGGAGGAACAUCGACUCCAAGCUGCGUUCUUACACCAUCACAGGCAUGCAGCCCGGCACAGAGUAUAAGAUCAACUUGUUCACUCUGAGUGGCAGCGGACGCAGCACCCCCUUCACUCUCACCGCCACUACAGCCAUGCCAGCGGUCAUCCCCCCAACCAACAUCCAGUUCACCUCCUUGACCCCCAGCAGUGUCUCCUUCACCUGGGAGCCCUCCCGGAGCCCCGCCAUCACCGGCUACUACGUCACCCACGAGGUGGCGGGCGGGGAGCCCCGGGAGCUCACCCCGCGGCCCCACCCCGGCCAGACCUACGCCUUCAUCAGCGGUCUGAAGCCAGCAACGGAGUACGUCAUCCGGAUCGUCGCCCUGCAGAACAAUCUGAGGAGUAUGCCGCUCGUAGGCAAGGCCAAAACCCAGCCCGGCCCGGCCCUGCUUCUGAUCCCAGAGCUGCCCCAGCCCGGGUCCCACAAACCUAGACCGGACCUGCUGCUGACCCCAGAGCUGCCCCAGCCCGGGUCCCACGGACCUAGACCGGACCUGCUGCUGACCCCAGAGCUGCCCCAGCCCGGGUCCCACAGACCUAGACCGGACCUGCUGCUGACCCCAGAGCUGCCCCAGCCCGGGUCCCACAGACCUAGACCGGACCUGCUGCUGAUCCCAGAGCUGCCCCAGCCCGGGUCCCACAGACCUAGACCGGACCUGCUGCUGAUCCCAGAGCUGCCCCAGCCCGGGUCCCACAGACCUAGACCGGACCUGCUGCUGAUCCCAGAGCUGCCCCAGCCCGGGUCCCACAGACCUAGACCGGACAUCCUGGACAUUCCAGAGACAGACAAGACGUUCAACACCAACCAUGUCCAUUUCUCGGGGCCGGACGGUGAGUUUGGGCCGGGCCAGCAGGGCCAGCACAUCUACACGGAGUACCAGAACCUGGGGCCCCACAACGGCUUCAACGCCCACAACACCCGUCCCCAGGGGGGCCAGCGCCCCACUGUCAGGGACCCCCUUAUCUACAUCCCCGUCCCGGGGCCUGACGGGAACCGCGUGCCCCUGGUCAAGGUGAGCGAUGGACUGUUGCCAGGCCUGGCCUUUGGAUUCCCUGACAACGAGACAGAGUUGCCCCAGGAAGCUCAGACCAUCACCACCAUCAACUGGCAGCCCAUUCCUCAGAGCUCAGAGUACCUGGUGUCCUGCAACCCCAUCACUAACCUCGAGGAGAAGACCUUCCAGAUGAGUCUCCCUGGCACCUCCAGCAGUGCCACCUUGAUUGGAUUGACAUCUGGAGCCUCCUAUAAUGUCGUUGUCGAGGCAAUGAGAGGCGGGGCAAAAGAAAAGGUUCUGGAAGAAGUCGUAACCGUGGGCAACACUGUACCAGGUGACCUCCCAAUCAAUGUCAACCGAGACGUUUGCUACGACACACACACACACACCUACCACGAGGUGGGCUCCGAGUGGGAGCGUAUGUCUGAGACAGGCUUCAAGCUCUGGUGUCGCUGCCUGGGCCUGGGCAGCGGACACUUUAGGUGUGAUUCAUCCAAGUGGUGUCAUGACAAUGGAAACAACUACCACAUCGGGGAGAAGUGGGACCGCCACGCGGAGAACGGCCACAUGAUGAGCUGCACCUGCCUGGGUAACGGCAAGGGAGAGUUCAAAUGUGAACCGCAUGACUCUACGUGUUACGACAAUGGCAAGAUGUACAAGGUGGGGAACCAGUGGCAGAAGGAGUACGAGGGAGCCAUCUGCACCUGCACCUGCUACGGGGGACAGCAGGGCUGGCGCUGUGGUAACUGUAAGACCCCGGGGGUCCAGACGGACGUGGACGUCUUGCUGCCGGCCCCCAACGCCUUCGACCGCUACCGGGAGAACGCCCUCCGCAAACUGAACAUCCAGUGUCCCAUCGAGUGCUUGAGACCCGAGCUGCUGGCCGACGCCCACAAUCCGCUGGAGUAGAGGAGGAGCAGAGGAUGAGAACCGUGUUCUCGCCUGAGCAAGAGGGAGGGAGAAACGGAGGGAGAGAGAUAGAGAGAUAGAGACAGUUUCAACACUCAUGUGCCUUAAAACAGGUAUCGUCCAUGACUCCGCCCUAGUGCUUUAUCAUUGUUCCAAACCACCGCUGUGCCUUCGUAGAGACCCACCCACUAUUGUAAUGUUAUGUCACGUUAAUGUCCAUGUAUGUUGUAGUAACACAAAUUGAUUCUGACCGUGGAAUAGAGUUGGGGCUCAGAUGGACACGGUUUGUGUUUGUAAUCGGUUUUGAAACUACUUUGCAUAGGCCCUUUCUGUUUAUAUUGUUGCUGCUUUAUUAAGGAAAGAGAUUGUCUUCAGACCUACCUGCAGUAGCAGACACACAUAAAGACACUCUCGCUUUCAAGGACACUAGACCCCACUGCCACACACCAGGUGCUGAAACUAGUUGGAUGGUGUCCUUAUUUGUGCCAUGUAAAAGUCUUGCUUUAUUCCAGACAUUUCACCCAACUGUAUGCAACCAUUUGAACCAAUGUUCAAACUGGCCACAGCCUCUACAAUAUUCCUUUAAAGCUUUGAUAUUGAUAUUCUGUUUAUGUCCAUCCUUGAAGGCAUUUCAGUGACACGUCCACAAAUAUCAGAGAAAACCAGAAUAGUAGAAAGUCCUUGUCAUAGAGUUUUGUGUUUUUUCCUAGUUCUAUAUUGUUUCUACAAAGAUAAACACUGAAAUUGUAAGAAUCCAACUCAAGCCUCCCCCCGAAAAAACACUAUGAAGGCCAUAUAACGAAAUUGAAAAUUGUUUGUGUGUAAAUAUAUCUAUUCUGAAAGGUAAAAGUGUUGGCUUAGACCAAGAAGUGAACCUUUGUAAUUGGUAACUAUCCAUCCAGAUAGUUUCAGGACUAUUGUAUAAGGCAAAUAGAUAAAAAAAUAAAUACCCUGUAAAAAGGGAGCUCUAGAAAACCAUUAGUAUUACACAUUAUGGGGAUUAGGAGUUCUAGUCGCAUUCUUUCAAGUCAAAUUAUUCAUAAAAGUGGCAGUUGGCUUUAGUGGGCCCUAGGCAGAUGACCAAACCGCCACUGGAACCUCUUUUUGAAAGACAAUGGAUUUCUGCAUCUGUGUAUUUGUAUUACUAAGACAUGGUCUUACUUUUUUGUGGUUUUAAGUGUAUUUUUCAGAUUUAUUUUAUUUAUCCCUUUUAUCCAAGCAUUUUGUUUGAAUGCUAUUUUUAGGGUGUACACUUUUAUUUACGUGUUUUUAUAUUGUUGGUGCCAAAGUCUGAACUACUGUGGACUGAUUUUUAAUAAACUGACAAAAAUCCAA